UCAAGCUGCAAUUCACCCCUCCGACCAACGGGUGGCAGCGGUGAGAAAAAUAUUCACUUUUUCACCUCCUUCAAAACAUGGCAGCACUCAUGGCUGUCCGGAGACAGUUCUUAGCUUGUUUUAGGCUAACUAGAGACAUUUCACAAGUGAGAUGUUUGGGAACCAGUUUUGUUCAAGGGAAAUGCAGUAUAAACCGGAGUCUUCUGUCACAGACUCACUUUCAUACCUCAGCUUUAGUAUCAACGCCAUCAGCAAUCACGGUCACAGAGGAACCAGACACGCUCUUCCAGAAAGUCGUGAUUUUGGUAAAGGGCCACGACAAAGCCGUCCUCGACAGCUAUGAGUUCUUUGCCUCUCUCGCAGCCAAAGAGCUGGGCAUCAAUGUUAGCAAAGUGUCUGAACCACGAAAGGACAUAGAAAGAAUGACACUCUUGAAGUCUGUACACAUCUUCAAAAAACACAGGGUUCAGUAUGAGAUGCGAACGCACUAUCGACGUAUUGAGCUAUCGCAUAUCACAGGCUGCACAGCACAAGUGUAUCUUGAAUACAUACAGAGGAAUCUCCCUGAAGGAGUAGCCAUGGAGGUGACAAAGACAUCCAUGGAAAAGGUUCCAGAUCACAUCCUUGAACCCAUGUGGAAGCCCAAACCCGCUGAUGAGCCCAACCAGUGAACGUCCUCUUCUGACCUCAUCACUUUGUUCCAUUUUGUGUUCUGUUAAAUCCAAUGUAGUCUCAACACUUUGCAAAUAAACUGGCUUUUGCUGUUAUUCUAAACCA